AGCUUCAAUUGGAGCUCUGCCCUUAUCAGACAUCAGACAAUCCACACAGGUGAGAAACCUUAUGAAUGCGCUGAGUGUGGGAAAUGCUUCAUCGAUAGUUCAGCCCUCAUCUCACAUCAGCAAAUCCAUACAGGAGAAGCACCCCACAGAUGCUCAGAGUGCGGGAAAAUCUUUAGUCAGAGCUCUACCCUGAACACACAUCGUAGAAUCCACACAGGAGAAAGGCCGUACACAUGCUCUGAGUGCGGGAAAAGCUUCAGUCGGCGCUCACACCUUAUCACACAUCGAAUAAUCCACACGGGAGAAAGACCCUACACAUGCUCUGAGUGUGGGAAAAGCUUCAAGCACCGCUCUGCCCUUAUCAAACAUCGAAGAAUUCACACAGGAGAAAGGCCGUACACAUGCUCUGAGUGUGGGAAAAGCUUCAGUCGGCGCUCAAACCUUAUCAUACAUCAGAGAAUCCACACAGGGGAGACGCCCUACAUGUGCUCUGAGUGUGGGAAAAGCUUCAAUCACUGCUCUGCCCUUAUCAAACAUCGAAGAAUCCACACAGGAGAAAGGCCGUACACAUGCUCUGAGUGUGGGAAAAGCUUUAGUCAGAGCUCAAACCUUAUCAAACAUGAGAGAAUCCACACAGGAGAGACGCCCUACACAUGCUCUGAGUGCGGGAAAAGCUUCAGUCAGCGCUCAAACCUUAUCAUACAUCAGAGAAUCUACACAGGGGAGACGCCCUACAUGUGCUCUGAGUGUGGGAAAAGCUUCAAUCACUGCUCUGCCCUUAUCAAACAUCGAAGAAUCCACACAGGAGAAAGGCCGUACACAUGCUCUGAGUACCUCAUCUUACAUCAGAGAAUCCACACAGGGGAGAAGCCCUACACAUGCUCUGAGUGUGGGAAAAGCUUUAGUCAGAGCUCUGUCCUUAUCAGACAUUGUAGAAUCCACACAGGAGAGAAGCCCUACAUGUGCACUGAGUGUGGGAAAAGCUUCAAUCGGCGCUCAAACCUUAUCAGACAUAGGAAAAUCCACCUUGGAGAGAAGCCCUAGACAUGCUCUGAGUGCAGGAAAAGCUUCAAAAAGCACUCAAGCCUCAUUAGACAUCAGAAAAGCCACAUGAGAGAGAACUGUAAUAAAUCCCUUGACUAGGGUUGGCCAAAAAAAUUUUUUUUAAAAAAUCACAUUUGCUCAUUCCUACUUAGUUAUUUUUGUACCAUCUUCACCAUGGUGUCUCAGCUCCACCAGAUCAGUUGCCUGCUUCUGCCUUUUGCAGCUCAUCCUUCUUUGGGGUCAGUCCUGUGAUCUUUUCUAUCAACUCCUUUCCUUUAGAGUCGUAGGAGUGUGUG